GACACUUGUGAAAAUAUCGAGGGAGCUGAGUGAGGACAGCAAAGGGGGAGCUGAAAUUCGUCAUUUCUCAAGGAGAAGAUGAAUGAGAGAGGAGGAGAUGCUAAUGGAAGAGGAGCUGUACCUGAGAAGACAAGUGAGCCGCCACCAUCAAAAGUUGAAGCUUUGGAUGGCUCCAACUAUGAGGAAUGGAGCGGGCGGAUGAGGAGUGCCUUCAAACGCUACAAGCUACUGAAGAUUGCUGUUGGGGAGGAGAAGAUGCCGGAGGAAGGCGAAGAACGCGAACGGUGGAUUGAGAAAAGCACGGUGCUUUUCGACCUCAUCCUUCAAUCGGUCAACAAGGAGAUGUUCGAGCACAUCAAGGAUCUUGUGGAAGCGGAUGAUUCGGGUCCAAGGGCGUGGAAACUACUACGCGAUGUGAUUCAGCCCAACACUCUGCCGAUGGUGAUCGUGCUCGAGAAGGAACUUGCUGCCAUCUCCAUGCGACCAGGGGACGAUGUGAAGCCGGUCCUUGAUAAGAUCAAGGACACCUAUGCAAGGAUGGCAGCAGCGGGUAGCAGCGUAUCUCAGCUACAGCAGUGCACCAAGAUCAUCUCGGUGUUGGACAACUCUUGGGACAACCUCAUCCCCACCCUCAACUCUCAGCAAGAUCAAUGGACACCUGAGUGGCUAAGGCAGCAGAUUCUGCAGGAGGACUUCCGCAGACGCCAUGUGGGAGGCGGUGCUUCCACUAAGACUGCUGAGGGGUAUGGAGCUGCAGGGCGCGGCAGAGGAAGAGGGGGUUGGAGAGGCCGAGGCCGUGGGAGGAGCUUUGGCAGAGGUAGAGGCCGAGGUGACUAUAAUGAAGGGCAUGGGAGCUCUAGUGGCAGGGGGAGAACCAGAAUGGAGGGCACCUGCUGGUACUGCAAGAAAUUCGGGCAUCCUUGGUUCAAGUGCUUCAGCAGGCCGGAGGGAUGGGCACCUCCAGGCAUGAAGCCGCCAAGUGGUGAACGCGCACAAGGUGGCGCUGUGCAAGGCUCAGGUGCACAAGGUGAAGGUGCACAAGGUAAUGCCUAUCCUGGGAUGUUUCUCAUGGUUGAGGAUGUGGAUGGGCAUGAGGGUGAUGUGGGAUCUGUGGGAAAGGUUGUAAUGCACCCUCUCACGCACUGGGUGAUUGAUUCAGGUUGCACCAGUCACAUGACCCCACGGGCAGAUUUGCUUGACGAGGUAAAACCCCCUGGGAAGAUUAAGUAUCUGGCAGCAGCAUCAGGUGCUUUGCUCCCUGUGAUUGGUGUUGGGAAUGCCAAGGUUAAGGGAGCUAAUGGGGAGCUUGUGGGGCUUGGGAAUGUUAUGCUGGUUGAAGGUUUGUCUGCUAACCUUCUCUCUGUGCGACGACUGCAGAAGAGCAAGGCUGAAGUGACCUUUGGACCAACCAGCUGCCGUGCUAAGCUUGGGCAGAAGGUGCUGUGGAGUCUGGAAGAGGAGACCAGCUGCAUUAAGGACCUGUGGCAACUGCCCAUCAUCCUUUGGAAUGGGAAGACUCCAACAGCAGCAACAGCAGCAGCGGCAAAGGCAACUGUAGGAGGAGAUGCAACUGCACCAACUGAUGGGGUCCAGGAAGCAGUCAAGCAAGUGCAGCAGCAGCAGACACAUGGUGAGAAGUUGGUGAAGGAUGGGAGCCUGAAAGGAUUGGAGGUGAAAGGGGGAGAGAAGGAGAUUGGGAGCUGCCCUACAUGCUUGGAGACCAAGUUCUCUAAGUUCCCCUUCAACAGCACUAUAGGACCAGCCAAGACCCCACUUGCACUUGUGCACAUGGAUGUGGUGGGGCUCACAAGAGCCCCUUCCCUCUCAGGCAGCCGCUAUUUCUUGAUAAUUGUGGAUGACCACACUCGAGUAGUGUGGGUUUACCCUUUGAAGAGCAAGGGGGAGGUGGCAGCGGCUGUCCUUAAGGAGUGGAUGCGUAGAGCUCAGAGGGAAUGCGGACACAAGGUGAAGGUGAUCCGCAGUGAUAAUGGUGGGGAGUUUAUUGGAGCUGAUUUUGAGGGGGAGUUGAAGAGGAACGGGAUCCAGCAUCAACUGACAGUGCCCUCCAACCCGCAGCAGAAUGGCGUGGCUGAGAGAUUCAACAGGACCCUGCAAGAGGGGGCACGCACUCUCCUUGGGCGUGCAGGGCUGCCUGAUCCGUUUUGGGUGUCUGCACUGGGGCAGGUCGCCCUUGUGAAGAACAGGGUGCUGGCUACAGUUGGGGAUAAGGAGUGGAUCCCAUAUGCCAAGUGGUAUGGGAGUGCUCCAGCUGUGAACAUGCUGAGGGCAUUUGGGUGCAUGGUGGUAUUUCAUGUGCCUAAGGAGAAAAAGGGGAAGUUGGAGGCUUCUGGAAGAUGGAGUGUGCACUUGGGAAUUGCAAAGGAUCACAAGGGGUGGCUGCUAUGGGACUUGACCACCCAGAAGCUGACAGUGUCAAGGGAUGUGAAGUUUCUUGAGUCCCUGUACUACAAGGAAUGGAAGCAGCAGCAACAGAAGCUUCCAUCUACACCGCUCAUUGUGGAGGUAGAUGAGGUGCAGCGGCCUUCAAGACAGGUGGAGGUUGCUGUGUCUGAGGAGGAGAUGUCUAGGGUGACUGAGGAAGGGGGAGCAGCUGAAGUGGAGCAGCAGGAGCAGCAGCAUGAGUCUCCAUCUCGAGUUCCACACCCGCCUGAGCGACCUAGGAGGGAUGUGCGCCCUCCGGUGAGGCUGACCUAUGGGGGAAGAGACAAGCCGAAUGUGGUGCAGGCUAGGAGUGUGGUUGAGCAGAUUGAGGAAGAUGAGAUCGCUCACUGCUACUGGGCACCAAUCCCUGAGCCCAAGACUCGAGAAGAGGCCUUGAAUGGACCAAAUGGGGAGAAGUGGAAGGCGAGUGAGGAUGAGGAGUUUGGGUCCCUGAUUGAGAAUGAGACAUGGGACCUGUGUGACUUGCCUCCUGGGAAGAAGGCAAUCCCUUCCAAGAUGAUCUACAGGCACAAGUAUGGACCUGAAGGGGAGCUGACCCGCUACAAGUCUAGGCUUGUGGCAAGGGGGUUUCAGCAGACAAAGGGGAAGGACUAUGAUGAGGUGUUUGCUCAAGUGGGGAAAGGAACAACACUGAGGGUGCUGUUGGCGAUAGCUGCACUCCUGGGAUGGAAGAUACGGCAGAUGGACAUUGUGACUGCCUUUCUGAAUGAGAUCAUUCUGGAGGAGGUGUACAUGAAGCAGCCAGAGGGGCUGGAUGAUGGGAGCGGCAGGGUCUGCAGGCUGAAGAAGGCCAUCUAUGGCCUUAAGCAGGCGCCUCGUGCAUGGUAUCACAAGUUGGAGGAGGCGCUGUUGGCUGGGGGUUUCAAGAAGAGUGAGUGUGACCCCAGCCUGUUCCUGCUGCAGGAGGAGGACGAAAUCCUCAUGCUCUUGGUGUAUGUGGAUGAUAUCCUUCUCUUUUCUGCAUCAACUGCUUUGCUGGACAGCGCAGAGCAGAUGCUGGAGAUGCAGUUCAAGUGCUCCAAGAUGGGUGAGGUGAAGUACUACCUGGGGAUGCAUGUGGAGAGAGAUGUGGAAAAGGGUGUGCUGAGGUUGCACCAGAGGAAGUACUGUGAGGGGCUGGCUGAAAAGUAUGGGCUGCAAGAUGGGGGAAAGCCAGCAACACCACUACCUUCGGGGUUUACUGUGGAGCCAUGUGCUGAUGAGGAGGUAGUGGGUGAGAGUGACAGGAAGCUGUUUCAUUCGAUGGUUGGGUCGCUGAAUUAUCCUGCAAAUCAUACACGGCCUGACAUUGCAUUUGCCACAUCACGGUUAGCUAGUGUGGUCUCACGCCCUAGUCAUGAGCAGCUGGAAGCGGCCAAGAGGUUGGUCCGCUAUGUGAGUGCUACGGCAUCAGUGGGAUUGGAGUACAGUGGAGUGAGGCAGCGGUUGCAGAGAGGUGCUGCAGAUGUGAAGAGUGGAGAGAUGCUCUUGAGUUGCUAUACCGACGCUAGCUUCAACUCGGUGAAAGCGGAUGGCACCAGCAUUUGGGGUUAUGUGUGCUUGCUAGGAGGUGGUGCUGUGAGCUGGCGCAACAAAAAGCAGAAUGAGGUGGGAUUGUCCUCAUGUGAGACUGAGUACAUGGCCUUACACCAUGGGGCCAGGGAAGUGGUGUGGCUGAGGCGUUUGUUGGAGGAGUUGGGAGUUGGUCAGGAGGAGCCGACAGUUGUGUUCUGUGACAAUGAGUCUGCUGUGAAGCUCGCCAAGAAUGCUUGUCUGCAUGGGCUUACAAAACACAUAAGGCCUAAGUGGCAUUGGGUGAGGAGACUACUUGAUAAGGAGGUGCGGCUGUAGAUAGUGAAGACCCAUCAGCAAGCAGCAGAUAUUUUCACUAAGCGUCUGGCGGAGGCGGAUCAUUGGAAGGGCAUGAAGCUUGCUGGGAUGAGUGUGCAUUGAGUAUGCAUGGUUGAGAUGUUGGUAUGGUGGAUGAUGGUUGGCAGCCAGAGGGGGAGAUUGUUGUGUGAUGUCAUCAUAUGCUAUCACAUUCUGUCUGCCUCCCAUCCCUUGUUUCAAUUCGCAUGUAUGGUUUGACUGUGUGUGAAAGAAUUUGUGUGGUGUGUGUUCUGGAGUUUGGGAAUGUGUUUUGUGUUAUUCUGUCUGAGCAGGGAUUUGUGAUAAUAGAUCUUGAGAAGAUCUUUCCGACGCAACAAGAAUCGCUUCAAUCGGAGCAAGAACGCGAAAGCUAUGAAGAUUCAAAGUUCAUGAGCUUGCGUUACAAUUGCGGCGGUUACAAAGUGAAUUUGUGGGGUGACUUUAUAUGGAGUUGGGACCUUUGGGGUUGGGGAAAUUCGUCACUCUACUGUAACAGCUGCAAAUUGGUUGGGAACAACCAAGCUAGGUUGGCAAGGGUGGCCAACUUGGAUGGAUUGGUUGGAAAGGGACAAAUGUCAAAGUUGGGGUUCCUAUAGGGAGGGAAUCUUUGUGCUUAUGGGG